CAGCUGUUCGAUAAAGUUUUGAUAGCUAACAGAGGAGAGAUAGCAUGCAGGGUAAGAUAAUUUGUACUAUCAACAGUAUAAUUAUGACUGUGAUGAUGAAUUCGCCCUAUAUCGUUUUUUUUUAUAUCGUUUUCAGGUGAUGAAAACAUGCAAGCGUCUGGGAAUCAAAACUGUAGCAAUAUACAGUGAAGCUGAUGCCAAUGCAGUAUGUUUUGAUAAGUUUUUGAGAAUAUUAAUUUGCUGGAGUGAUUCACGCUGUGCUUGUCAAAAUGUUAAAUAAAUGUUCAGUCUAUUCUUGUCUUAUAAAAUCUGCAUUAGAACAUGCAGGCAGCACCUUACCGCUUAUAUAUCAACAAGGAAAAAGUACAGAAGUGUGGUUAGUGCACUUAAGUUCUUACAAACAAGGGCUGGCUUUGGAAAGUGUCCCAGACGUUACCAUCAUUAUUUAUUUUGCACUGGCCUGGGUUUUUCCGGGUAAUCAGCCCACCCACAUCUCCAUAAAAGUCAAGCAGUUAACUUCUCUUCAAUGUCUUGAUGAGGUCUACGAAUGUUAAUGUUAUUAUUAUUAUUAUUAUUAUUUUUAUUAUUAUUGUUGUUAUUAUUAUUAUUAGUGUAAAACGCCUCUUAAAAUUUUGGCAUUAAAAUUGUUCGUGUGAUUUGCUAAAGUUAAUUAUGCCCUAAUUUAGUUGGAUGCUGUUAAAGAUUCUUUUGUUUCCUUAGUAAACAAAUUGAUCUUUGUAAGAUAUAAAGCAGACUUACCUGCGGAGCCUUUCUCUUUCACCUGUCAUAUUUUAAGCACCAGCAUUAACUUUGCAUGUAACUUAUUUUCCAGCUUCACGUAAAAAUGGCUGACGAGUCAUUUUGUGUAGGCCCACCACCAACAAAUCAGAGCUACCUGAACAUGGACGCCAUUAUGGAAGCAAUCAACAUAACUGGUGCACAGGCAGUGAGUAAUAUAAUUUAUGACUACCUAUUCUGGCAUUUAAUUUUAUAUUGUUUUCUCCUCAAUUUUAUUCAGGCAAAUCUUCAUCAUGUUUAUUCCAACCUCCUUUAUUUGUAGAUGAACCCUCCUGGGGUUGAAUUUUAAGAACCUUGAAUGUUCAAGUUGAAAAAGACAAAAAAUUUCAUUGUCGCCUGUUUAUGUCCUCCAUAAUACAAAAAAUUAGGCAUUUUCACAUCAUGGGCAUUCACUGAAGGCAAAGAGAUAUGCAAAAAAAGUGUGUUACAUAAGCAGAGUUGUUAUUUUGCUUUAAAUCUAUUGAUUUAUUGAUGUACUUGAUGCCUUCAGGAUGCACUGGAUAUUGUACUGUUCCCAGAGCAUUUUACAUUACAUGUAUUUUGUUUAGCUUGUUACAGUUAUGCAAAAAAAAAUGCCUCUUACUUUUAAAAACUCCUCCUAUCGUUUGAAUGCUCCUUCCUGGGCCCUUAAAAUUAAAUAAAAAUUAAUGCCCCAGUUGUCUAUUAGAUCAUUUACGUUUACAAUGAAGUUUUGACAUUGAAGGAUCAGACAGACUUCUUAAAGUGAUACAUUUCUUUUCAGGUCCAUCCAGGAUAUGGCUUUCUAUCAGAAAACAGCAAGUUUGUGGCUAGAUUGGUGAAUAAUGUUUUUUUCUUUCAUAUAGUGUAUCUUUUUCCUUUAGUGUAUCUUUCAGAUGAUGUAGAACCAGUUAAAAAAGUGGUUAAACACGAAAUGAUACUUUAAACAAUUCUGACUGACUGACUGACUGACUGACUGACUGACUGACUGGCUGAAUGACUGACUGCCCGACUGGCUAAUGACUGACUGACUGGCUGACUGACUAGAUGACUGACUAGAUGACUGACUGACUGAAUGACUGACUAGCUGACUUACUGGCUAAUUGACUAACUGACUGAAUGACUUACUGACUGAGUGAAUGACUGACUGACUGACAGACUUACUGAGUGACUGGCUGACUGACUGCAUGACUGGCUGAUUGACAGACUGACUGACUGACUGACUGGCUGAAUGAGUGGCUGCGUGACUGGCUUACUGACUGAGUGACUUGGGGAGGCGGGGGGCUAGUUACACACUGGUCACGUGAACUAUGAAUCACUAAUCCCCAUGCAUUUUCUAAAAGAAUAAGUUGAGAUAUUUUAAUAAGAGGUCAAAGCAUUUUCCCUCUGGGGAUCAAUUUACUAAUUCUCAUAACUUUUUUGUUGCUGCUGUUGCGAGAAAAUUUAACAUUUGGUUACACAAAAGCAUACUCUUCUGUUUAUUUUUAACAACAGGAAAAGGCUGGUGUGACAUUCAUUGGUCCCAAUGCUGCUGCAAUGCAAGCAAUGGGAGAUAAAAUUCAAAGCAAACUGAUUGGCAAGAAGGCUGGUGUCAGUAUCAUCCCUGGAUUUGAAGGAGUUGUUAAGGCAAGUGAGCUGCAAGACAUUAUUUAUUUCAUUAAUACUUGCACUUUAAGCUAUAAAUCCAAGUUUUUGUUUAUCAUAAAAUUUAAUCAUAAUGAACAAUAAGGAAUUAAAAAAAUAAAAUAACGAUUUUUUUUCGCAUGAGAGGUCACAUAUAUUAUAACAGUUAACAAAGCCAAUGCUAGAAUAGCCAGUGAGUGAACAAAUCAGUAUUGUUAAAAAUCAACUAUCUUUUCUUUUAUAAAUUAAAAAAAGGAAUGUUCCUUUUUCGAUGGUGCUACUGGAGGAUAAGCAUAGUUUUAGCUAAGGAAAACUAAGCAGGCUUUUAUUACAAGUCAAGCUGGCCUCUUAACUCAACUGCAUCUUCAAAAUUACGACAUGUCUUUGCUUUCCAAGCAAUUUUAAGCUGUGAGUAGGUCUUUUUCAGCUGGUAAAAUUAGCCAGCAGCCCACUUAUUUCGACAUUAUUCCUGGGUAAGGGUGAAGGCAAGAGUUACCAAGCCAUGAAUGGAUUACAUAGUUUUCACAAAGGAUAAGUCAUAUUUAUAUACCUGCCAACUCUCCCACAUUACCAACCCUCCAAGUGAAAGUUUUUGCUUGGCCGCCAUUUGGUGACCAGUUCUGUUGGUUUAGGGAAACUUUUUUACAAAUCAAGUCGCCAGCUUCAAAAUUUUAGGCGCCAUGAUGACUAAAAUGGUUGCAACUUGGAGGGUUGAUAACAUGUAUGUGAGUCUCAUGCCUGCUGACUAAAGACAUCAAUCUCAUGCAUCAAGUACAAUCUCUCACACUUGACUCACAAAUCUGGAUGAAUUGUUCCUUAACACAUGAUAAAUAAGGAAAACUCAAUUCAAUUUCCCCGAAAAUAUUCCAAAUAGAUGCUGAAUAAUGACUUUGUGUUCUAAUGAAAACUAAACACACUAAAAUUGUCGUCUUCUGAAUAGCUUCGGAUGUGCUCAAUGGUUUUCAGAACAUCUUCGCACAUUUUCAGUAAUGUUUGCUGUGACGAUUUCAGAAGUCCCGGUCAUGACAAGACAAAAAUCUCACGUAUUUGACUCAGAUAAAGUUGGCAGGUAUAUGUUUAUGUACAGUGCAGGGCUGUCACUAUGUUUUGAAGCAACCAUAGCAAAUGGCAGUUUACCAGUGACAUCUCACUAAAAAUAAACAGUUUCUGUGUCAUCUUUAGCUUUCUACUUUGGUCACCCAUAAUAUCAAGUAAGCUCAGCCAUAACAGGUGUUAUGGGUUACAGCUCUGCAGUCUAUAUGAUUGUAAUACAGUCUAAGGUGACUUUUAAUUUAUAAUGUUUUUGUAGGAUGAUGAGGAUGCAGUUAGGAUAGCUAAUGAAAUUGGUUACCCUGUGAUGAUAAAAGCUUCUGCUGGUGGCGGUGGUAAAGGAAUGAGGAUUGCUUGGAAUGAUGAUGAAACUAAGUGAGAUAUCUUGUCUGUUUUCAAUUACAUGCAACUCUUUUUUAUUAUUAUCACAUGUAUUCAGGCCCCUGGCGCCAAACUUUUGCCCUCGGGCGAAUAGAAAAUCACAGAUUUUUCAUACAACUCAUAUGCUGGGCACCCUAGAUUUUACAGUUUCAGAGCACUGGGCUCCCUUCAAUUUUCCUUAGAGUGCAGCCUUGGUAUUGCUAAAUAGGAAUAAAAAGUUGGUCUCAUUUGUUUUCAGCUAUGGAUCUACCGGUAUAUAAUAAUAUGUCUGCUAGUAUGUCACAUUUGUAAAAUUUACCUUAAUUUGCAGUAAGGUUAAUAUUAGAAGUAUAAGCCAUGAUAGUUUUUUUGUAGAAAUUUUGUUAGCCCAGUGUUUGAAAUAAAUUGUGAAGAAACCAAUUAGUAUCAGGGCUGUUCUUUGGCAGCACCAGGUGGCCCCUGGCUCCUUAGUUUUGCUCCUGGGCGACUAGUUCUAAAAUUUCAGUUUUUGCCAUAGAUCAUAAACUGGGCACCCUGGAUUUCAAAGGCUCAGAGCAUUGGGCUCCCUACCAUAAUUGCCUUGAGUAUACUAUCAUUUAAUAAUAAUAUUAUUAUUAAUGAUAAUUAUAGGAACUACCAGUAAAGCCUCAGGGGAUAUUAAGUUCUUCUUUUCCCUUUUUGCAUCCUUUUUAAACACCUCCUUUUUUAUGGAAAUAAAUUUAUUUUGAAUGAAAUUAUCCUACUCAGGUGGAGAGAGACAGAAGAGAAUGAAUUGAAAGCAGCAUGUGCAUCUCUGAACUCUUAUUAAUAAUUUUUUUGUUGGAAGUCAAUUACAAAUCAUUACUUUAAUUCUUGAUCACCAUGAAUGCUGCAGUUAAGUUUGUAUUGGUUGCACAGACUCCCACAGAGGCAAAUAAAAUUAUAGUGAGUUCUUGUUAUUAUUUUUUUUAAUCAGGGAAGGGUUCCGUCUCUCUUCUCAAGAGGCCAGUUCAAGUUUUGGAGAUGACAGAUUGUUGGUUGAGAAGUUUAUUGACAAUCCAAGGCAUAUUGAGAUUCAGGUGAAUAUUGACCCAUACGAGAAAUAUGAUUUAAGAACACAUACUCUGGGUCACAAUUAGUAGGAGUUCAGCGGCAAUUCUAUCAGUUGUAGAGGUUGCGUAUAUAACUGUGAUGAUCUUCAUUCAUACAAUUCUUCACUCUGCAGUUCACAUAAUGUGAUUUUCAUAUAUUCAUAACUUCAGUUGUAUUGUAGUUGUAUAAUCUUCUAGAGCAUAUUAAAUUAACACACAAUUUCAGUUUGGCUCUCUGCCAUAGUAGCCUUUUUAGUAGUGAUAAGCAUGUUUCUUGGCCUGGUUUUCACUAUUGUGAGGGGAACUAUGUCUGACAUAACAUUUUAAAUGAACAAUAUGUCUGCACAAAAUAAAUGCCAAAGACUAGUUGAAUUUACCCUAGCAUGGCCUCAUCCAAAAAUGUGAUAUCCUUUAAAUAUUGCCAAACACAGAAAAAUGGGAUCAAUUUAGGUAUCCCACCUACCCCUCCCCUAAGCUAACAUUCACACUUAGGGCAAAAUGAUGGCUUAGGGGAGGGGUAGGUGGGCAGUUUCCCAGAAACCUAAAUUGAUCCAGAAAUGCAAGGGAAGGUUGAUGCAACACAGCUCCAGCGCCCUUCUCCCCCCUCCCCCUCCCCCUCCCUUCCUUUGCACCAUGAGUCUGUUUGCCACAACCAAGGGUUGUCUCGCUACUGUGUAUGAAGGCACUUAGUGUGUCGAAGAGUGAUUUCAAUAUUAUUAAAGGAUUGAUUGAUUUGGAUAGGGCUUUGGUACAAUAUGUGGACAUACUCAAAUUGCUAUACAUGUAUAUGUGUUGCUAUAGUCUUUCUUUUUUGCUUAAAAGGUGGUUGGAGACAAACAUGGAAAUGCUGUAAGUUCCAGUUCAUAUAUUAAUUAUUAUUAUUGUAUUAUCAAUCUGAAACAGUUGACAUUUUUGUCUCUAACAGACUCCUCUGUAAAACAGGCACCUAGAUUCAAUCCUUACCAUUCUUUGCUGCCAGUUUGAUGACAGACAUGGUUUACUUUUGAAUUUGUUUGUUUUAAAAUAGGUUUAUGUUAAUGAAAGAGAGUGUUCGAUCCAAAGGCGAAACCAGAAGGUCAUUGAAGAGUCCCCCAGGUAAAAAUAUAGGAGCUAAGCAUGAUUUAUCCUCCCUUCUUGAUUACACAAUACUUCACUUCAUUUCUUAGAAUGAGUACAUGUUGAAGGAAAGAAAUUAGUCAUAUAGCUAGUCCUGUGAAUUUCAACAAAGAUGGGUUUAUCGCUCAGCAAGUGUGCUUCUUUAGUCAAUGUGCCACCAGAAGUUUUGUCCAAAAACGCUCUUUAAGUUAGUUGAGCUGUUUUCUGGUCGCCAUCGUGUCAGUGACAAGCAAAGCUACCCAAAGUUGAGAUCUUUGCUAACAUUUAUUCCUGCUGGCAAUAAAUGACAGUGUUUAAAGUUUGGCCAUGUGUAGAAGGGGAGAUUUCUAGAUUAUUUGGACAAAAACAAGACACUUCCCCCACUGGCUGUUAACUUUCUCUUCAGUUCACUUCUUCCUAUUUUUCUUUUUUUUCUGAACAAGUAAAUUUUACUUGGCUUUUUUAUGGUGGAAAAAGUUUUUCCAAACACCCUAAGGAUCCUGAAAUACUAUUUUGAAGGAAAUACAGAUCACAGUGGAAUGAAAUUUCCUUUUGAAUUUUCUGUUGUUGGCUUUCAGGCAGUUUAGGUGUGAAUGUAUUUUGCUAUUCUAUAUUAGUUCUAAGACCUAAGCAGUCAUCUAAAUGAAGUUAUUGUUAGACUAAAAACUAGCAUUUGUUUUCUUGCAGUCCAUUUGUGGACCCAGACAUGAGAAAAGCCAUGGGUCAGCAAGCUGUAGCUCUUGCUAAGGAAGUCGGAUAUGACUCGGCUGGCACUGUUGAGUGCCUGGUUGACUCGCAGAAGAAUUUCUACUUCCUGGAAAUGAACACUCGCUUGCAAGUAGAACAUCCCAUCACUGAGAUGGUGGCUGGAGUUGAUCUUGUGGAACACAUGAUCAGAGUAGCAGCAGGUACUGAAAUGCUCUUCCUUUUGAUCAUAAAUUCCAUGUGCGUCCAUUUCAUCCAUACCAGUAAAUUGAAUCCGACAAUACUGCGGGACCUGGUUUGUUAGAUAGUGAUAUUCACUGGAUAAGUCACUAUCUAGCAGAUAAGCAUUAGGGAAACCAAUUGCACGUUCCAUUGGAUAGUGAUUUAUCCAGUAGACAAUGUUAUACACCUCAGUAGUCAGCAAUUACCAACUGUUGUUCCUCCUUUUAUUCAGUAAAACAAGCCUUUUGAAGCAUGCCUCGAUUAACCCUUUAUUGACCCUUAAACUCAUUCAUCCCUGAAUCAUCCAAAACCACUUGUGCAGAUCCACGUCCCUUCUACCACCUGUAACAUCAUCAGUUUUAACAGCCAUGGACAACUUUUUCAUUUAACUUGUAAAGGGUGAAAAGAUGUUUCAAACCAUACAAGAACGGGCACGAUUCAUCCCCUGAAAUCCUUACAAUGAGACACUAAAGCAACUGCUCCACAGACCGUUGCACAAACACUUAACAAAGAACUCAAAGAUCCUAGCAGUGUACAAAGCUACCACACACCAUGUGAGCCUGCACUUAUCAGUUAUGGGAUUGACCGCUGGAUUCCCGCUAAGCUCGUGGAACGCUUGACGGCUAAGCUCAUAAACUGCUUGACCGUUAAGCUCAUGGACCACUUGACCGCUAAGUUCAUGGUGGCUAACUUAGUUAAAUAACAUUAGCCAAAAUUAAAUGCCAUUAAUUUAUUAUUCAGCCUCUUGUCUUUUCAGGUCAUCCCUUGAGCAUCACACAGGUGGAUAUUCCAAUCAAUGGCUGGGCAGUGGAAUGCAGAGUUUAUGCUGAGGUCUGACUUACUCUUUUUGAAAGAUCUUACUUUAAGCGUGAGUUAACCUCCCAGUUCUUUGGGUUGGUGCAUGUUCUAGACUUCAAAAAAGACAAAAAUGUCUUUGAUGUGUAAGAUUCUUUUUUCUUAUUGGUGAUCUUGCAUCCAAAAAGUUUGUUACUAUUUUUCAUCAUUAUCAUUAAAGCAAUGUUUUUAAACAUUUGUUUCUCCAAUCAGAAUGUAUAGUGCAUUUUGUCCAUUAACAGGAAAAGGUUAAAGAUCAGUAAAAUAUUUUUUUUGUAGGAUCCAUAUAAGAACUUUGGUUUGCCAUCGAUUGGAAGACUGUACAAGUACAUUGAACCAACUCAUAUUCCAAACGUAAGUAUUUUUUUUAAUGUGUUGUGUUUUCUUCCACCCCCUACAUGGUAUAGCUAUGUUAUUGGAAUAACCGGCCAUGGAUGAGUAUUGAUUUUGAUUCUCAGACUCUUACUUCCACAAACUUAUAGACUCCUUUGUUUUAUGUCAUCUUGCUGUGAAACUGACAAAACCGUGAACACCAGAAGCAUUUAUGGAAGGUUAUUGUGUUGCGAGGAAAAAGCCAAUAAGGCAUAAGAAAACUAAACUGCAAACAGCAACAGUAAUUAGUUUGCAGUUUUGAGGUUUGCUCAUGUGUCCUGAACUUUAUUGUGAUUGGUCACUAUACAAUCAACAUGCCUAAAAAUUUUCAAAUAUUUAAAUGGUUUUCUGAGUUUGACAGUAGUGCUGUGAGAGAGGGUGGGGAGGGAUUAUAAAAGGAUGGAUUUUCCCUAAAGGGGAACAGGGUCCCACUCAUCUGAUGUAAUUAAUAGAUCUUUUUCAAGUUAUAACUUUCUCCUAUUUAUUGUAGCUUGUAUUUUUUUGUUUCUUAAUUUUUUUUUCUAGGUUCGUUGUGACAGUGGCAUUAUUGAAGGAAGUGAAAUUAGCAUUUAUUACGAUUCCAUGAUAUCAAAGGUAUUGAUUUUUUUGUGCACUGCUUUCCAGCGCAAAAUACAUGCAGCUUCCAUUUUCUUUCCACAGAAGAACUUUUAAUCACUGAUGAAAUGGAUUAUAUCACUCUUUACUUUGCAAUUUUUUUUUGAAAGGCUAAAGCUAUUUUUGCAUCAAUUGACUUCCAAACACAAUGGUCCAUUUUUUUUGUAAGACCAUAUUCAGGCAUUUAUUUAAAACUAUUUCCUGGUGUUUGUUGCAACAGAUGGCAAGGAUGGACAUGGAUUGAAACUUGAAAAAGUUUGGCCAACUUUUUCAAGUUUCAACAUAGUUACUAUAGUUUAAAUUCUAUGCCUGAAGAAGUCACCAACUGAAAAAAAAUAUCAUGGUUAGUUCUCCCUGAUGAAGUUGUUUGUUAUCUUCAUCAUAACAAUAACCAACUGAUAAAAAUACUGUCUAAAAAACUACUCUAAAAUUCCCACUAAAACUAAUUUAAAAAUGUCCGCAUUCCUUGUAUUAACACUAAAAUCAUCUCAAAAGUCAGCAUUCUUGAGAAAAAGGGUUCAAGACCCUCGAGCACAUGCGUGGACUGAUCAUAGAAUUUCAAAAGAUAUGCGCAUUCUUUCCAAGAUAUGGCACUGGCAUAAGACUUGCCAUUGUUNGUUUGGCCAACUUUUUCAAGUUUCAACAUAGUUACUAUAGUUUAAAUUAUAUGCCUCAAGAAGUCACCGACUGAAAAAAAAUAUCAAAGUUAGUUCUCCCUGAUGAAGUUGUUUGUUAUCUUCUUCAUAACAAUAACCAACUAAUAAAAAUACUGUCUAAAAAACUACUCUAAAAUUCACACGAAAACUAAUUUAAAAAUGUCCGCAUUCCUUGUAUUAACACUAAAAUCAUCUCAAAAGUCAGCAUUCUUGAGAAAAAGGGUUCAAGACCCUCGAGCACAUGCGUGGACUGAUCAUAGAAUUUCAAAAGAUAUGCACGUUCUUUCCAAGAUAUGGCACUGGCAUAAGACUUGCCAUUGUUCCGGGAAAGUUUGUCCAUAAAGUUGCUCAGGAAAAGUUUGCAUUAUUUGCCCAUUUCUCCGUUCAUGUCAGAAACCAGGGGGGUAAACGAUCCCAUUUCCACGUCAAUAACUCUUUGUUGGUACUUCCUUUUCUUCUCUUUGUCAUGGUACAAAAAAACUUUGCAUUUGGGUAGUGGCAUAAAGUAAUAGUUUAUUUUACAGUUAUGGGUGCAAACGAGGCUGGAGUUGACCUUGUUUUGAUACAGCCCUUCCCCAUGUUAUUCUUAUGCUAACUAGCUCUUAUCUUUUAACGGGAUUUUCAUAAGGAAAGGAGAGAAGUUUGUAUCAAAACAAGGCCAUCCUCAGCCUCACACAGAGGCUAGGGAGCUAAACUCAUGACUGUAAAAUGGUCUAUAACUUUGACACAGAAUUGGACUGAAACAGCGAUAUCCUCUUGAUACAUCCCCUGUAAAGCUUAAUAACCAGUGAUUUGAGUAGUUUCAUGAAGUUUGCCCAUUCAUAUUUAUAGAUUGUUCACAGUCCCCUAUUUUUCUGUAAGAUCGUUGAGAUUGAAGUCUUUGAGUUACGGUCGGCCAUCUUGGAUGAGUGUGAACUGUGGAUGCCUACCCUCUGGGUACCUAUGAAACCAAUAUGGUCACCCAUACCAGUAAGCUCUCGAUCCUUACAAGCUUACAAAAAAAUAGAGGACUGUGAACAGUGAACCAUUUUUUUAAAAAUUAAUUUGCCAAAGUCUGUUUCUUUUUGAAAGCUUGCAACUCAUGGAGCCACAAGAAAUGAGGCCCUUGAUACGAUGAACAAAGCACUGGACUCCUAUGUUAUCAGAGGUAUUAGCUCUGUCAUAUUUGUUGUCUUUUGCGUAGAUGGCGGGAUUUAUCACACACAAUAAAUUCAUUUUACAGGUGCUUUCUGUUGUUUUAGUUGAGGCUCUUAUGCCUCAGCAAGACUGGGGACAAGUGGGGACUGUGUGAAUCUCUUAAUUUUGAGGAUUUUCCCUUGCGGAUUUGCUGCUCACUACGCAUGGCAUUAUGCAUGUAAUAAGACGAUAGGGAGCUUAAGCAACAACAUCAGUGACAGAAACGAGGAUGUCAAAAAAGCAGCAGAUAUGUUAGGCAAAGCAACAACUCUGCACGUCCAUCACACUUAUUUUGUACAUUUCCUUGUUAUGCUGCAUGACUGCAACUUGAAAAUGCCUAAUUUUAAGUUUUAUAGAUUUUUCCUUCCCUUGAAUGUGGUCCCCAAGUCAAUUCUAGAGAAAUUCGCCCACAUUUGACGUGUUCAGUGAAUUGGAAUAAACGCGAAAAAGUUUAAAAAAGGCGAAUUUAAUAUAAAAGUGACAUUUCUGCUGCCAUCACCAUCCUCAAUGCUAAAGUUCCCUAAUAAUAUUCCUUCAAACCCUACCCCACCUUAUCAUUUCUGGGGCAGAGGGAGGGGGGGAUAGGAGAAGAGAGAGAGAGACACGGGGAGACGGCUCUACAAUAUACUCUCCCCUAACCCCUAUGGAAGGCCUGAUACUCAGGGCAACCCCACCAUUUUCGGACUUUUUGGUAAAAAUUAAUUAUUAUUUCCACAUUGAUAAUGAUUGUCUUAUUUGAGAAAUUAUUAAUCCCUCUGCAAGUAACAUUUUCUUGUUUUAUCUGCGUCACUUCCACCCUCACCCCACCCACAUCCCGCUUAAUUCCCUCUCUGCGGCAGGUUUCAGUGAUCUCUAUGGUGGAGUUUGUAAGCGAGGAGCAGGGGGCAGGGGUGUGGGGGGGUUUGUUGGGCACAAAUCAUGUCUAUUUAUACAGCUAUUUCAGGAAAGGUUGUGCACUUGAUAAUCCCGAAAGAUAAUAUGGGAUAUGAUCAAUACACUGUUCCUGACACUGUAGCUGUCGAACCUACUUUUGUUGGUCUCUCAAGCAUAGCCUCUCAUGCCUCUCAUGCCAUUCUUUCAAAUUUCUCUGAAUAACAGUGAACUCAAAACCACCCACAAUACCUUUCGGGAUUGUCGCGUGCACUUUCUCGAAAUAGCUGUACACUUAAGGGGUGUUUAAAUAAUGUUAAUUUCAUAUUUCAGGUGUGACAUACAAUGUUUCACUGCUCCGUGAUGUCCUGAAUCACCCCAAAUUUCGUCUUGGUGACAUAACCACUAAGUUUCUGCCACAGGAGUACCCAAGUGGGUUUAAAGGUAAGUGUGUGAAAGUAGUCAACAUUUCAUAAUUACUGUAAAUCCGCUAUAAACCCCUCCGGGGGGGGGGGGCUUAUUUAUUUCAAGCACGUUUGAGGCGCCGAGAGCAUUAUUUAAUUUAGCGAAACUGGGCACCACACUGCUUUUUCAAACAACCUGAAGAUGGUAUCAAUCCUCCAUGAAAACUAGAACACAAAGUGGAAAUGCUUAAGCACAUGAAGUUGGAGGUCAUGCAGCUGAAAAUCAAAAACUAAUCCAAACUCCCAGCACAUGAAUAACCAUACUGGAUUGGUCCACAUGAUUGAACAUGAAGUGUUACAGUCAUGAUUAAUUAACACACUCUAUUAGUUUUUAAUUUGGUUGUGAAGAAUAAGGUGACAGGAGAUGUGGGGAAGGGGGUGCUUAAUAACUUUCUUUCUCUGAAAAUGGAGAACUUUAUUAGAGAGGGGGUCCCUCUUGUGUUCUAAAGUAUUAAGCCCUGCAGAUUUUGCCCUUUAAACAAGUGAUACAGUUAUUUUGAAGUUGCCUAAAAAGUUGACAUUUUUUGACACCAGAGAGUAUUGACCACUCGAAAAUAACAACACCUAUGGCUGCUGUUCUCGGUCAUGUGGGUCGAAACUGUAUGGUAGUAAGCUGGGCUGCCUGUGUUGACAAUGUCAGUGUUAAUUCCUGAUUUACUUUGGGAACAAUACUGUGGUAAGCUGGGUUGCCUGUGUUGAUACUGUCAGUGUUACAACCCCUGCUUUACUUUUGAAAUUGUACGGUUGUAAGCUGGGCUGCCUGUGUUGUCACUGUCAGUGUUGCAAGUCUUGAUCUAUUUUCCAUUUUUGCGUUUGUUGUAGGACAUCAGCUGACUGAACACGAGAGAGAUGAAUUAUUGGCUACUACUGCAUAUUUCUUUGUACAGAGAUCAUUGAGGGCUAAAACAUUUAAAAACCAGGAAAAGUAAGUUGAGCGCAAAUAGGUGAAACAGAAAGGUCGUUUGAUUACCUGUUCAAGUGCCCCUGUUGACAAGUAAGUCCCGCGCCAAAGAGCUGGAACCUUAAAGUAAGCACUUGAAGGGACUAACUCAAAUUAAUAUGGUGAACAUUUGGCUUCUGUUUUAGACAAAAUGCGGUGAUUAAGAAGGAACAGUCUUGGGAUCUGAUGAUAACCUUGAACAAAGAGGAUUAUCCCGUCAUUGUAAAGGCAAAACCCGAAGGAGGUUUCAAGGUACACUAUAUUUCUUUCAUUGUUAUUUUUUAUGUUUUGGCGGGAUCCUUGGCCUUUGUAGAUUGGGUACACAAUUUUGCUCAUGUUUUUCUAUGGUUGCCUGUAGCCAUCCUAAAGUUUCUUUGGCUUUACUAUACUGUGGGCGAGCUCUCCAUUUCGAGUGGCUAGCGAAGCGAGCUGCAAGCAAAUGCGCGGGCGAGCUGCGAAAGCCGUGAGGGACAGACCCCUUGCACUUGCUCUCCUAUCGUAUGCGGCAGUCACUUGAUUUCUCGCAACUCCCCCAAAAGAAGAGCUUGCUCGCAGGCUAUGGCUUUACAAGCCUUUGGUGCCGUUUGUGUGAAACUUUACAAUGGCUUGUGUCGCGGAUGGACAUCUAAGCUACAAAAGACUUUGAACAGAGGUUUUAGGAUAGCUAUUACAGGCUAUACCUAUGGUGCUGCCCUGCUCUGUUGUGUGUUUCUAUGUCAUUGAUGUCAUGCAAAGCUAAUUUUUCUACACAAUAUCAGCCUUGUUACAAUGCAAGCAUACACAGAAGCAAAAUUGGCAAACGUAGUAACCUGUUGACAGUGGGCCUUUUUCAAAACUUCCAUAAAAUUAUUCUUUUUUGUCCCUCCAAAAUUUUGCACAAGCAUUGUUUUCAAUUUUUCUUGGGACUUACAAUCGCCGAAGAGAAAUUGAAAACAAUGCUUAUGCAAAAUUUUGGAGGGACAACAAAGAGUAUUAUGGUAUUUUUGAACAAGGCCAAUUAUUGGUGACUUCAUCCUAACGGAAGAAGCUUAUGGUCAGCAUGCUACUGCACAUGCGACAGCGCAUCCUACAUGCGCUUAUAUGUUCGUCAUUCUUGUAGACCCUCCAUUUAUUUGAAUAGCUGUAACCAUGUUUUCUACACCAUUACGUAGGUCACUGAUCCCCUUCUGCUGCUUUUGCUCCUCUCUGUGAAAGAAGUGCAGUGAGGUCCACUUUAAUACACUGAUAAAAUCGCUCUGUAUUAACCUUUAAAACCACUGACAGGCUAUCUGAUCCAAUGUUUGGUCAUUUCAGGUUACUGUCGAAGGCCGCUCUGUGGAUUUCAGCACUACUUCCAAGUUAUCUGAUCCUGUGUUUGAAGCAAGAGUCAAUGGAAACACCGCAUUAUUGCAGGUAAGAAUAGAGCCAUGCUCUUUUAAAGAUGACAUCAUUAGCAGUAUUUCCUAGGUGAUCUANAUUUCAGGUUACUGUCGAAGGCCGCUCUGUGGAUUUCAGCACUACUUCCAAGUUAUCUGAUCCUGUGUUUGAAGCAAGAGUCAAUGGAAACACCGCAUUAUUGCAGGUAAGAAUAGAGCCAUGCUCUUUUAAAGAUGACAUCAUUAGCAGUAUUUCCUAGGUGAUCUAUAGGGUGCCUUGUGUACUGCCGCUCACUCACUCCUGUAAUGUGAUUGUGACCUUAAAGGCAAAUCGUAUAUUAUAUUUUGAUAACGUUUCCAUUUUGUCAUGCAGUGUCUCAUCCGAGUAUUCCAGACAGAGAAAAGUGAGUUACAACAACAAAGCGGUUUUAGACUAACUUCGAGGCCGGGAGAGGGUUAAAUUUGCUGUUGGUUCUCUCCCUUGGUCCGAGAAGUUUUUUUCUCUGGGUACUCCGGUUUUCUCUUUUCCCCAAAAGCCAACAUUCCAAAUUCCAAUUAUCAAAUUGGAACAAUUUUCCGUGGACUGUACUCUUAUCGACCAUAGAAAUGACCUCAGAAUGUUCAAAGCUCAAGCGGAACAACGAGCUGCAGGCGAGUUGUUCGAAGCCAAGAAAAGAGAAAGCAAACGGCGCCACCAUCACGUUAUUUUCAUUGUCUGUAGUCCUAUUGACCAAAGGUUUUGACCAAUUAGCACUUGAGAAAUCACUCAGUUAUUGUAAAAUGUGACCUCAAAAGUGUCUUCAAUUAGUUGAGGACACUUAGAAGGCCACAGGCAGGCUUAUCGGUUCUUGGGAGACUGAGUAAGUGUGGUACAUUACCUGCACUCACCUCCUACCAAUGUGGCCUGGGUCCAAGUGCCGGCGUUGAUGUCAUGUGUGGGUUGAGUCAUGUUAUGAGUUCUAUCCCUUGUUUCGUGAGGUUUUGUUCCAUCUCAUCUUCCAUCCCUUAAAAAGCCAGCACGUCCACUUGAAAGGACAAUUCGAUCUGGAGCGCACAAACUCUUUCAAACUGGUUCUUCAGAGCUUGUUCUUGAACUUACAAAUUUCAUUGCAUACGAUGAGUGGAAACUCAGCCGAGUGUUCGAAAUAGCUUCUCGAAUGGUCAAUAAUUCUGUAAGAAAUUCUAUGCUAGCAACAUAAUCAAUCCUACUCAUUAAAAAAACUUUUUUAGGCCAGCUGAAAUGACUUUUAACUGAUACUUGGUAGCUACAGCUUGACUGAAUGGCAAGCCGUAAAUCUUUAAACCUUAUGAACGAUAGCAACUUCCUUUUUUUAUCCUCUUAUAUUACUCAUGAUGGUUUGACAAGUUAGUAUAAAGCAGUAUUCUUUUUCUUGCAGACAUUAAAGAAGGAAGGGAAUCUGUUUAAAAUCCAGCAUUAUGGAACAACGGUGGGUACUAAAUGAAAAGGGCCUGCUGCAAAGGGAGUAUCUUUCUUCAGAAAGAUUUAUAAUCCGUGUUCUUUUUGUCAUAGUACAAGCUCAGAGUACACACACAAGAUCAGUACGAAUACAUGAAGUACAUGCCGGAGAUUAAAGAGGUAUGGGAAAUUCAUCUUUUUCUUCUUAUACUGCCUCCUCUGUUCCUGUCAAAAGUUGAGAAAUGCUGAUGAGAACUGAUGGAAUAGCUACUUUUCUCGAGGAGUUUAUUUUGGCCCCUUAAAGUUUUAGCGAGGGCUACAUCAAUGAUACCAGUACAUUUUGGGUAAACAAUGGACAAAGAAAGUUAAAAAUGGAACCCCAUCCCCAAAACAAAACGAAGAGGUGCGACAUAUAGGGGUAAUGAAACUAGACGCUCUAAAGCCUGCUCUAAAGAGGUGCGAGGCCACUGUUUUAUGACAGUGAUGAAUUUGUCGUAUUUGCUCCUUAAAGAAAGCUGUAGAUUUUAAGACGAAUACGACCACGUGUGCGAGAUUUUAUCAAGUGCACGCGCGUGAGCCAGCGUCAUUUUGGCGGGAAAACGUAAUAGCCGUCGUCAUUCUACUACGAGUUUUAGCGAGAAUGUCGAAGUGGCGAAAACAAGUUAUCAAAUGUUAGAAGUUUUAUCACUUUGCGAUCGGAAGAGGGCGAACCUGCUUCGCUAAAGGUAACAGUGCUAACUUUUCUAGUGAAUAAAGGUAAAAUGAAGCUUUCCGGGGAGUCUGUACUUUGAGAAUACGCCAAAAAAAAUUCAAGUUAAAUCUCGUACUCGUAGUUGUUCUCGUCUUAGAAUCUAAAGGUCUCUACUUUGUUGUAUGAAAACAUGAUAACAAAUGCGAAAAGAAAGGCUGGGAAAAUUUAGGUUUGCCGCGGGAUUCGAACCCUGACCUCUGUGAUACAGGUGCAGCGCUCUAAGAGGUCAAGAUAAAAUCCCAGCAAGCCUGAAUUUGUUUCAGGCAUUCUCUUUUCGCAACUGCAUAAGUUGCUUAUUUAAGUGUGAUGAUCUUGUCUGCAUAGACCUUUGCCGUAUUCCUGUAAACAAAGGCAUCAAGUCAAGGCUCGAGUGGAGGAAAUGCAGUGAUUUGUAUGAAACUGUCUCGACCUCAUUUCUUUAUGCUUGCUCACUGGAGCGGAAUGCGGGGAAGGUUUAUUUCUUUAAAUUUUUUCUCCUUUUUACCUUAAUAUUGGAGAACCCUCUUUGUCUUUCAGAAAGCAUAGGGAGAAGAGUUUGAGACUUACAGACUCUCUUGUCCGCUUUAUACAGGUUUCACUGAAUAUUUAUAUCGUGGAAAAUUAAUUUCCUCGUCUAUAAUUUUUCAGGAGGACAUGUCUCCAUUCCUCAAGUCACCCAUGCCUGGCACAGUGGUGUCAGUUGCUGUCAGUGUUGGAGACGAGGUAAGUCAUGUCAAUCUAAACAGUUAACUCUUCAUUGACCUUUAAGGGGAAAUGUCACCAAGAGUUAGCUCUACUUGAAACUCUUAUAAACACCUCCGCGGCCGAAGCUGCUAUUGCGUCCCACGAACACGUUCUCAGGGCUUCGUCUCGCUUUUCUUCGCCACGAAGAGGAUUGCAUGACAAGCCAAAAAAAACGUUUACUUGAGAGGCUGAAGCUGCUACGACUAAAACUCAGUGUCCAAUUUUGGUUGCUCUUUAUUUUGCCGUAACAUUACUACCAUCCUAUUUCUUGUAAACUUAUCUUCCGCACAAGGUCGGUUGUAGAUUCUUUUUUAAGUAACCUCUUCCUGUUCAACGGAGCCUGCGUGGCAGACGCCGGUUAGUUUUUCUUCGGCGUUGGUUGUUAUAGAGCGCACGAGCGCGCGCACUUUUUUUCUCCUUCUCCUGCGUGCGCGCAUCCUCGAAAUUUCUCCCUUGGCCCUUAAAUAACGGCGCCUGCUAUGGUUCCAACGCCAGUGCUCAAUAGGCCAUUUUCACGAUGACGAAGGUUUAUCUACAACUAACAGAAUUCAUUUCGUUUUUGUUUCCUCAAUAAAAUUUGUCAGUGCCACUGAGAUAUAUGAACCAGUAGCCUCAAUUUACGCAUGAAAACAACAAAAUGAAGAAUUCUUGUAGUUGUGGUCAGAUGUCCUAUUUCAGAUAGAAACUCCCAGCUGCAAUCUAUAAGAAACUUGGAAGGUUGAUGGUCUUAGUUAAGGGAUCCCGAAUUUACUUUUAACACUACAGACAACUGCUGCAUAAGUCAUAGUCUACUCUGUUUUGACAGGUUCACGAAGGACAAGAGCUUGCAGUAGUAGAAGCAAUGAAGAUGCAGAACAGUUUACAUGCGGGUCUUUCUGGCACGGUAAGUUUACAUUUCUUGUUUAGCCGAAAGGUC